AUGUCAAGCUGCAACAACUUUCUUGGAACUGGACCUCCUCAGUUUGCAGAGGAGAACUACCAUAUAUGGGCUAAAAAGAUGAAGUCUUAUCUUAAAGCUUUGAAUCUAUGGGAGGCAAUAGAGGAUGGACCAAAUCCAACACCCUUAGGACCUGAUCCAACUCUAUCACAGAUCAAGGAAGUAUGGGAAAAGUUAAAAGAUGAAUUUGAAGGCAGUGAAAAAGUUAAAUCAAUCAAGCUCCUAACUUUAAAGAGGGAGUUCGAAUUGCUAAGAAUGAAGGAUAGGGAAAAUGUAGAAGACUACUCUUCUAAGUUACUUGAUCUAGUCAAUAAGAUUAGGCUACUUGGAGAAGAAAUAAUAGAUAAAAGGAUUGUAGAGAAGAUAAUGAUGAAUCUUCCGGCAAAAUUUGAAGCAAAGAGUCUUGUGAUCAUAAAACUCUGA